AUGUCUAGCGGAGGAAUGGAUGGAUUCGAUUGGCUCCAAAUCUUUCUUCCAGCCGAUAGUCAACCCGACCACGACCCCAAUCCCAACAAUGAGGCUUAUCAAACGCAUCCGGCAUUCCACGAUGCGGAGGUAGCUAGAGCGGCCGUUAUGCAUCAGCGGACACAGAAUUCAUAUUCAUUCCUGAGGUCAACCAAUGCUAGGGCGAAUCAUGCCUUAAAUCCCGCCCAGGUGUACUCACAAGCCUCGGGUGGACAAUAUGGAGGAAAUAAACACCAGCAAACCAGCGAUAUUAAACCCAACAAUUCUCCUUCUGGCCACUCUGUAUAUCCAACAGAUCGCUCUCAUAAUAUAAACCAACAGCCAAUUCCUCCCGUUCCGUCCCAACAGCACUUGAAUGCUCAGCCAUGUGAGGGUAUGGAUCCCGCUCCCUACCCAUGGAGGACUUUCAACUUUACACCAAACUACUCAGAUGCCUAUCAAAGCACCCAGAGGGCCCAUGAAACUGCAAUGCCGACAGUCCCUGCUCAGAGAACAAACCAACCCACGGCACGGGCUGUGCCCACAUUACAAAGCUCGUAUCAAAGCUACUCGGCAAUCCCAAAUCAGAAUUCCCAGAUGUUAACGCAACCGCACAUGGAACAAGGAAUGAUGGCACAAGUUCAAAGAACACGCACGCCGGCUGCAUCGCAAAGUAAUCCUUAUAGCCACCCCACCAUUCCAUCCCACAAUGACCAGCGACCCCCUCAUUCCACGGCAGCGCAAAGAACACGGCCUACGUCCCCAGUUCAAAGGACACAUACUCCGGUGACAAGGCCCCAAACAUCGCAAAGACCAUACCAACGCCACUCUACGACCUCAGCCCAGAAUACGCAGAAACAAUCCUUUUUAGCUGCAGCGCAAAGACCUUGGCCGGGGCCGCCAGUUCAAAGGAAACGUACACCAGUGGCAAGGGCCCAAGCAUCGCAGAGCCCAUACCAAAAUCACUCCCCCGUUCCAGCCCAAAAUGUCCAAAGAUCAUCUCACCCGAAUGCACCGCCAAGCUCCCACUCCUCGAUAGACAGUGAGUUUUAUACCCCUUUGGUCUCGCCGAAGGGAUUCAAAACUUCUGCAGCACGCAACACACUUGAAUCCCGCCAGUCAAUCACACCAGCCAAAAUCACUCAAGAGGCUUCCAAUCCACGAACACAGAGUCCGGCUACCAAUUCCACCAUAUCAAACCAAAUACCACCUCGGCCUUCAUUUCACAAUCAAGACCAUUUGCAGUCAACUGUGCCCACAACGCAUAGAGUCCACAGUCCUGUAAUCUCACAGUUUGUCUCAACCCGCAGUCCUUUUCUCUCUCUUGUCUCUUCAGCUCCUACCUCUACCUCUACUCCGGCACCUCCAACACAGACAACUAUUGUCUCACAUCACUUAGACAAGGGCUGGACGCAGGAGAAAGAAGGGACUCAGGAUAAAGCAGCACCUACUUCACCAUACCAGGCACCGAAUCAGGCAAGCCAACGGCCUCCGAUCUCCCAACCAAAUGAACAGCGCACACCGGUGGUACCGUCGGCCUUUGCGUCACCCACUUCCCCUGCGGCCUCUCACCUGAGGCCUUCUUAUAACGCUUCGCAUAUCUCAGGACCUCGACGAGGUACCUUCUCUGACUCGGCUGUGACACAACAGCCUGCUGCGGGGAAUACGCAGUCGCGAGGUUCCCCACUGUCGGGACCUAAUCGCCAUCAGAAAAAGCGGUGGGUUCCAACCGAAGAGAAUUCGAUGCUACCCACAAAGAUGCGGCGGUUGGACAAUGGUGAAAGUCAAACCAUGACUCUCCAAAACGACCCAUCAGCAAGUAGCUCGGUACCAGGGGCCCAAGUUUCUACGGAAUAUGCUCGGCCUCGAUGCUCUGGUAAAUUUCUUAAGAAUCGUGACGACUUGGUCCAGCCGAUAAGAUGGAACGAUGCACUGCCCAAGGUCUCUUAUGAUCCGACCACGAUCGCGCGGGAUGUACUGAUUGCUGCGGCAAGACACCCGACGGAAAAGCAUCUAAAUCAUCAUCUUGAGCCACUACGUCGUAAUUUCACCAAAAUCGACUACUUUGCAAACCUAGCAACGUUUCGUUGGGACCUGGUGGAUGUCAAGCAGCCUGAAACGCAGGUCGAUCGCGUGCCAUCGGUUCCUGCACCCCACACGCCACCUCUUCAACCACCUCAUCCUCAAUCACCUCAGGCAGCUCGGCACUUAAUUGCACGUGACUCCACCAUUACAUAUCAUCACGUGACUACCUGUGACUACGCUCCGAUGACGUCACGUGACACAUCGCCAAAUCGCCAAGUCGCAAUGGCGGAAAGGAUCGACGCGCGCGCCCCUCCAGGCGGUUUGAGCCCUUGGGGUAUUUUACCUUUCAAACCCCCUACUUAUCAUUCUCCUCAACGCAUUUUCUCUUCAAACUUGCCUUCUGGACUUCCCAGGAUUGAUUCUGUUCCUGCAUCCCCGAAAUUCUCAUCCCACCAAUCCGUCCCCCUCCCAACCCCCCCACCGCCGCAACCGCAACCCCGACCCCAACAACGACGCUCCUCGACCACCAACAACCCAGCUCCGCCCAAACCCACGCCUGCCACAAAACAACCGACCCCUAAAUCUACCACAAAGCCUAGACCUCAAGGGCAGACGGUCAAGAGCCAGCCAGACUCUGGUCGGGCCGUCAAAUCCCCAGAGGCAAGGCGUCUUCCCCAGCCACAGGUUGUCAUUCCACUGUCGCCCGUCAAGAUGACCACGAAGAGAAGACCAGGGCGCUAUCCCAAAAAUGCAGUAGCCAACAUCGAAGUUGCUAUUCACCGUGAACCACCAGUGCAUUACCAAAUCUUCCCAUGCAAAUGGGAGGAGUGUACUGCAGAACUGCACAACAUUGAGUCCGUUCGAGCUCACCUUAUCAAAGUUCAUAUCCCACACACUCUCGUUUGCAAAUGGCAAGACUGCGGCAAUAAGACACCAAUGGCUGCGGCUGAUAUGUUUACGCAUCUGUCGCUCCAGCAUGUCUCAAAAAUGGCUUGGGAGCUUGGAGAUGGACCAACGGUGCCAGUAACUGCGGAAAACAAAUCGAACCACCCUUCCGUUCCGGGUGACCGCAGUGCCCGCAAAGGGACCAUGGUCUUGCCGGUGGAUGAGCACCAGGUUAAGGCCUUUAGCAAGGCCCAUAGGAAAUCGACGGAGAAGAACAAGGCACAAGCCCUGCUCGAAGCCGGUCAACACUGGAAGCAGCAGAUCGGUCCUGAGAUGGACUGGAGUGACCGCCGCCUGUCGACACCGGCUCGACAGAGCAACGUGCAUUGUGGCGAAAUGGCGUUCGUAGGGGAGAACUGA